UAUAGAACCAAACUUUGAUAACUAAAUCAAAUCCGAAAGACAUAAAAACAAGAAGGAAUUAUGGUAAGAAGAAACGCAGUCCAUGCGAUGUCAAGUCUUCCGUCGAGGUACUGGUGGCCGCAGCAACGAAGAAAAGGAAAACGAGUCGUCGUGCGGUUAGGAAACCGGCGACGAGGGUUCUUUGUGGGGCCACCGCGGAUGGUGGUACAGAGAUGGAGGAUGAACAUCGGAAAGCCGAUGAAGAUGAUGAGAAGUAUCAUUUUGGGGAUACUCUCAAGUGGUGGAAAUGUUAACUUCUUAGAUGCUUAUCUUUGGUCUUUACCAAUCUUACGCGGAAGAACGGAGAUGGCCGCCAUUACAGCUCUCGCUCUCCGCUCUCCUGUUUUUCUUCCUCCAUCAUCCGCCACAACCCCUAGAUUCCAUGGCUUCACCAAGCUACCACCACCAGCUCGUCUCUUCUUUCCUCUUAAACCCUUCCCUUUUCUAUCCAUCCAAAACCCUAAAUCCAUCCGAAUUUCCGCAUCCGCAUCGCCGAUGACACCAACCAUCCCGACGGCGAAGUCAACAACUCGGUCAUCGACACUCACCGGGUCGACUCGGUCUCUCGCUACUCUCGCGGCUUUAACAAUCGCUGUAACCAGAGUCUUAGCUCAGAAACUCUCUCUUGCGAUCCAGACUUCAAGUCCCGCAAUCGCAGACGGAUUAAGAUUCUCCCUCAGUACCGCCGGACCGGUCUUCUUCGCGUCGCUCCGGGAUCGUCCUCCGGGGUACUUGAACACGCCGCUUACGGUGGUUGCGGUGGGGAUAAAGAAGUGGUUAGACAUAUACAGUGGGGUUUUGAUGGUUAGGGUUUUGCUCAGUUGGUUCCCUAAUAUCCCUUGGGAAAGACAGCCUUUGUCUGCCAUUAGAGAUCUAUGUGAUCCUUACUUGAAUCUCUUCAGAAACAUCAUUCCUCCUAUCUUCGAUACUCUUGAUGUUAGUCCAUUGCUUGCUUUCGCGGUUCUUGGUACACUUGGAUCGAUUGUUCAUGGCAGCACUGGAUAGAAAUUCGUGAUCAAGAAUUGAGCUUUGAUUUGAGGCAACUUCUUUCGAUUAGGAAAAGUCAGAAUUGGAUACUGUUUUGGAUGUUUAAUGAGAGUUGUGAGCUUUGUCGUUUUUGAAUUUGAUUCUGAAUAAUGAGAUUUUGGCUUG